AUUCACCAUCACAUGGGAAGAUGCCGGCCUUUCUCAAGUGUUUUCUUACUCUCUCAGCUGGGAAGAUUCAUCUCUUCUUCCUCCCCUGCUCCUCCUCAAUGGACCCAAGGGCCUUGCAGCCUCUGGAGGAUGUGGCUGACUAGUCCACGCAGAGCUAGCCAUGAGAGAGCUAAACAGCCUUGGGACCACGUGGCUGCCCCUCCCACCUGGGCUUGCUGCCCUUGACUCUGCAGCCCAUAAAAGCUGGAUAUGCAGCAAGACUUUAUGCUGGAUUCUUCUCUGACUUGGUCCCGGCGGCCUCCUCAGGAGCUUGGUGGCCAUGGCACAGUGGAUUCUGCUCAUUGUAGCUUUCCUGGUCCUGGGUCAUGUGCCACCAGGAAGCAGUGAAUUCAAACGGUGCUGGAAUGGCCAAGGGGCCUGCCGGACUUACUGCGCGAGGCAGGAAACCUACAUGCACCUGUGUCCCGACGCAUCCCUGUGCUGCCUUCCCUACACGUACCAGCCUCCGCCGGCCUCCAAGACCAGAGAUGACUAA